AUGAUUCCUCAUUCUCUGAUCAGAAGAACUUUGUAUGGAAUUACUCUAACAACGCUGCCGAUUUAUUUAUUAUCAUUUUACGUCACAGUUACAUCUGCGAGUGUUCACGGUGAAAGGUAUAUUGGUCCCGUUGUCUGGGUGAUGGGGAUCAUUGGUCAGCAGCAAUGUGUCCGUGAAUGUAGAUACAGGCCCAAGCUGUGUCGUGGAGUCAACUACCGGAAAGAGGAACUGCUGUGUGAACUCGUGUCGGCCAUCAACGAAACGGAACAAAAACCCAGCUAUAGUGCCAAUAUUACACAGCAAUGUGUGUCGUGCUCCGCUGACGAAAUGUGUGUUACGCUUUCCAGUAAGAAGGUCCAUUGUAUUACAGAUAAUGACAGUCCGGCGGAUUGUACAUCCCUUCACAACAAUAACUGUGGCCUACCUAGUGGACUAUACAGAAUAAAGCUACCGUUCCUAGGUCACGUGACAGCUUUCUGUGACAUGGAUACAUAUGGGGGCCGCUGGACAGUCUUUCAGAAUCGACAGGAUGGUUCUGAGGAUUUUUAUAGAACAUGGACGGAGUACAAGAACGGAUUUGGAAAUUUGAGAUCUGAGUUUUGGAUUGGCAACGAAAAACUACACCACCUGCUGGGUCAGGGGACGUAUGAGAUGAGGAUGGACAUGGAGGACUUUGACAACCAGACACGUUACGUCAAGUACACCAGUUUUAACGUAGGAGACGAGUCAAGCAAGUACAGAGUCACGAUAUCAGGGUUUUCUGGGAACGUCGGAAACUGUUUCACAAAUGCAACCAUUGCUAAGGUUAUUAAUAACAUGAAGUUUUCCACAUGGGAUCAAGACAAUGAUUUCCGAAGCGAGAUUACAUCUGCGAGUGUUCACGGUGAGAGGUAUAUUGGUCCCGUUGUCCGGGUGAUGGGGAUCAUUGGUCAGCAGCAAUGUGUCCGGGAAUGUAGACACAGGCCCAAGCUGUGUCGUGGAGUCAACUACCGGAAACAGGAACUGCUGUGUGAACUUGUGUCGGCCAUCAACGAAACGGAACCAAAACCCGGCUAUGUUAGAAUUGAACUAGAUCAGAGUGCCAAUAUCACACAGGAAUGUGUGUCGUGCUCUGCUGACGAAAUGUGUGUUACGCUUUCCAGUAAGAAGAACCAUUGUAUUAAAGAUAAUGACAGUCCGGCGGAUUGUACAUCCCUUCACAACAAUAACUGUGGCCUACCAAGUGGACUAUACAGAAUAAAGCUAUCGUUCCUAGGUCACGUGACAGCUUUCUGUGACAUGGAUACAGAUGGCGGCGGCUGGACAAUGUUUCAGAAACGACAGGAUGGUUCUGAGGAUUUUUAUAGAACAUGGACGGAGUACAAGAACGGAUUUGGAAAAUUGAGAUCUGAGUUUUGGCUCGGUAACGAAAAACUACACCACCUGCUGAGUCAGGGGACGUAUGAGAUGAGGAUGGACAUGGAGGACUUUGACAACCAGACGCGUUACGUCAAGUACACCAGUUUUAACGUAGGAGACGAGUCUAGCAAGUACACAGUCACGUUGACAGGGUUUUCUGGGAACGUUGGGGACUGUUUCACAAAUGCAACCAUUGCUAAGGUUAUUAAUAACAUGAAUUUUUCCACAUGGGAUCAAGACAAUGAUCUUCUUACACGUAACUGUGCCGCCAAAUCGACAUCUGGAUGGUGGCACAGCUCCUGUAACUGUGCGAACCCUAACGGCCUGUAUCUGGUAGGGGAAACCACUCUUAACAAUCAAGGAGUAACUUAUCAUCCAUGGCGGAGUAGGUACUAUUCGCUUAAGUCAACUCGCUUAAUGGUAAGACGAGUUGCCUAGACACUGGAUAGCAUCAUCAAUAAUGGAGAUUGUUUUUCUAUUUAACUAAUUAUGUAUAAUUAACAGAUUUUGAUACGAUGAUUAGGUUUCAGGUUGUUUGGAUUCUUGUUGUCAUUCGAUUUAUGAAAUAGGAAUUUUAUUACAAUUUAUGUAUAAUAUUAAUUAAAACUACAUAUGCAUGGUAGCAAGGAAACAAAGUUUUAAUCAACAGGAUUCCACUUCCGGAAUCUCACUACCGUUCAACACAUUUCAUUCACUUUAGCAAAGAAAUGUCUACAGCAGAAAGAUACGAGUUACAGGAAGAGAAAAAUACAAAUACUAAAGGCGUUUAAAGUUAUCGUAAGAAAUAAGUAUAGGGUACCUAAACUUUCUGUCCACGGUCAUACCUGAGUGAACAACACAGAUAAGUUUCCUGAAUGCUGGCAAAGUUAUGUUUAGAAAUAUCGAAUGCCCUGAACAUUACUCUCCACGGUCUGUGUUCCGUGUCUGUGUUAUAAAGUGACUCAAACUGCUAUAUGCAUAGACAUGCUUAUCGACAAAUCAUGCGCCCCUCUUGCAUUCGACAUAACACACGGAAAAAUGGUUCAGUCCGACUACGUCACUCACGAUCACGUGUUUAAUAACAAUUAUGGACAAUAUCCAGCCACGUUUAAAAUACAGGACUGUGAAGCUAACCCAGUAUAUGUGAUUGUAACGGUGUUUAUAUUGUUGGUUACAUGUUAUAAUUCUAAUGGUGUAAUUUAGUAAUACUGUUUAUAUGUUAUGAUAAAUAACUUUUUCGACGAAGUGAACAUAAAAGGAAAAAAAAGGAAAAGUGUACGUUGUCUUC